CGCGCAUCUAUAGUAUUUACAAUUAAAUUUCAACCCGGCUCGUCCCUUGCUUUUCUGAAUUAUACAAUAUGAAAAAUUGCUCGGUGCUGGGGGCGGGGCAGCAGUGGGUGAAUUUCAUGGGAACGACACAUGGGGCAUCACUGGGAGCGAGAGAGAGCGCACCAUGCUGAAGGACGGCGCGCUGCGGCUGGACGCACGUCAAGUCCGCGCACGAGUGGCGCAAAAACUGACGCACAGACUGCACGGGAAAGUGUUCCUUUGAACCAACUGAAUUACCUUGAGGUGCCGUUGAUCGACAGGCUGCGAUCGGCCGCUAAAGACUCCAGAAAGUGAGGAUCUUUUGCCGCGCGCGCCGACAUGCCGUCUAAUUUGUCCAGCGCUCCCGAUGAACUCCGCCGUUAUUAGCACCGAGCGUGGAUUCACGCGACGCGCAUCCUCUGCGCACACGGGCGCACACGGUCGGCAUGGAUUCGCCUAACGCCAGUGGAAUAGACGCGUUCACGGUGAUCCAUCUGAAUUCCUCCUGGAGCCCGGACAGUGGAUAUUCUAUAGCAGCGAUAGCCGGCAUCGCCGCCCUCGUAAGUUUCCUCAUCCUCUUUACGGUGGUGGGAAAUAUCCUGGUGGUGAUCGCCGUGUUGACGAGCCGCGCGCUCAAAGCGCCCCAGAACCUGUUCCUGGUGUCUCUGGCCACCGCGGACAUCCUGGUCGCCACGCUGGUGAUGCCGUUCUCUCUGGCCAACGAGCUCAUGGGCUACUGGUAUUUUGGGAAAGUUUGGUGCGGCAUCUACCUGGCGCUGGACGUGUUGUUCUGCACUUCGUCCAUUGUGCACCUGUGCGCAAUAAGCCUGGAUCGGUACUGGUCCGUCACGCAGGCGGUCGAGUACAACCUGAAGAGGACUCCGAAGCGCGUCAAGUGCAUCAUCCUGAUCGUGUGGCUGAUCUCGGCUUUCAUCUCGUCUCCUCCGCUCCUGACUAUAGACGGCAACAGCGACGUGAGCGCUCAGCCUCAGUGCGGGCUGAACGACGACACCUGGUACAUCCUCUCCUCCAGCACCGCGUCCUUCUUCGCUCCCUGCCUAAUCAUGGUGCUGGUCUACAUCAGAAUAUACCAGGUGGCCAAAACCAGGACUAGAACCAUGUCUGGGAAGCAUCCCAGGCCAGAUGGCGCGACACAGACUGAGAACGGACUCAGCAAAGCCACCCCCCCUUUCCACGGCGAGAAGGAGGACAGCCAGUGCCAGUGCCAGUGCCAGUGCCAGUGCCAGUGCCAGUGCCCGCCUACACCCAGCCAGCGCACCGUCACCACGGGGCCCCGCACGGAGGACGCCGACGUGGACGAGAGCUCGUCCUCGGAGGGCGCGGGUCACCGGGCCCAGCGGCGCGACUCCCUGAGGGACAAGGGCAGCGGCGGCGAGAAGAAGAGCUCCCUGUCCAAACACACCACGCGCAUCUCCAGGGUCAGCAACAAAUCCAUAGACCUGUUCGCCUCCAGGAUGAAACGCCGCCGGAGCUCCGUGGCCAAAACCAAGGUCUCUCAGGCCCGGGAGAAGAGGUUCACCUUUGUGCUGGCUGUGGUCAUGGGCGUGUUCGUUGUCUGCUGGUUCCCAUUUUUCUUCAGCUACAGCCUUUACAGCGUGUGCAGGGACUCCUGUAAGAUCCCCGACCCCCUCUUUAAGUUCUUUUUCUGGAUCGGCUACUGCAACAGCUCCCUCAACCCCGCCAUCUACACCAUCUUCAACCGGGACUUCAGGCGCGCCUUUCAGAAGAUCGUCUGCAAGUCGUGGAAGAAGUCCGUUUAGACUGGAUGCAGGUCGGCGGCGCCACGGAGACAAAUUUAAAAUGAAUUUUAAAAAAAAAACGAUGACUGCAUCAUGUUACGUCUCAUUGUCUUGUUGUGACUCAGUCAUGGCUGUGAACCUGAUUCACCUUCUGCACAAGCGUCUUUGUUCCCAUCACAGGGUCAGUGACCGCCACCGCUCCUUCACCUGGUGUUGUGUGAUGCCGUAUAGUGUCCACCACGCUUUCUGAACAUCCCCACAACACACGUGCGUUCAGUUCAUGUCCUAGAUGGCACCAAGGGCCAAAAUCAGCUGCUGGGUCCCCCUCAGUCUCUCCUCCUCCCUGUGCAAUGUGUCCUCAAACUCGGGAUGAUGCAAGCUGUGACUCAGCAUGUUAAUGUAGGAGUGAGUGACACAGCACUGAUAAGACUGAACUUUGAAAACUUUAAAGCCCACUCUUCUUCAGUUUUGUUAAUGAUUUUGGGACUUUGAUCAUCACGUGUGAAGUCUAAGUAAGCAGCUGGCUAGCUUAGCGUAGCUUAGCUUAGCUUAGCAUAAGGGCGAGAAACAGCAAGCGCCACCAGCCAUGUCUCAGUCCAAACAAAACUGAAGCAAAACGAAAUGAUUUUAGUCCAGAUCAGUUGCUAGGCGACCAGCUAAGUUACAGUCCCUUAAAACCAAUAAUGGAUGAACUUAUGCUUCAGCAGAUUCUACACCCAGAAAUAACUAAGUAUGUGAACUUUAGAUCUUUCUUUUAGAUCUUGAUCUCACCAAACUCUUACCAGUAGCUCAGAACAGUUUUACCAAAGUUUUUAUGCGUCAGAUUGUUUGGUUUGGCCUGAAAUGAGGAGCUCACAUCCAGCGCAUUACGAAAACUUCCAAUAAUUAAAAUAAAGGUGUAUCCAUGCGCUCAAAGGUAAAAUAUGAUCAUUCAUAACUCAUGGUAAAGCACAACAGCAGACUAACUAAUGUGUUACUGAAUGUAGAAACUCUAAGCAGGGCUGAAGCUUGAGACAAUAAGCUAAUUAUUUCCAUGGUGUGAUGAGGUCAGUAGCCAAUUAUUUUGUGUGCGUUUGUUUUCAAAGAACUACCUCUUUGUUUGUUGCUCUUCUAUUGCUGUUGUUUUCUUUUUAUUAAUAUUUUGCAGUACACUUCCUUCCUAUGCUUAAACUGUCUGCCGCUGUGCAAAAAAUGGAAAAUAAAGUAAAGCAUGGAUCCCAAUGAUGGCCGUGCAGACGUGCACCCUCAAACUAGACAGCUGCCGUGAAACAUUGUCGUCAUUUCAUUUUAAAACAUCCACAGCAGAGCUUCUGACUGUAUUUAGAAUUAAAUGGAGAGCAGAUUGGUGCAGUAACAACAGCGCUGCCUCUUAAUCUAACAUUCCCCCGGGUCCCUGUCGGCAGGACUGAGGUGAAACUGAAUUCCCUGCCUGAAACUCUUGCUGUUUUUCCUCCCACCUCUCUGCUGUGUCUGAGCGUGCGCAGCCAAGCGCCAUUUGUAACGGGCUACGGGUCCAUCUGCCGUUGUUCCACCUGCUGUUUGCAUGUGCUGUAUGAGAGGUUUGUGUCAAGUGGUUGAAGCGGAGCAGCGAGACCUGUGAACAGCAGUGAUCAGUUCAUAAAUGUGCGCAAAUAGCAUCACAGUAGCAUAAAUGAUAUCAAAUAAACAAAGACAGGAGGAAAAUGAAUUCCAUCAUGUUUUUCCCCACAUUAUAUAUUCACAGGCUUCGUUUUUGUAGAUUAACAAAGUAUCUGGCUGCUCGUCGACCCCUCAGGUUCACAGCAGCCGGUAUUUAAUACUUGAAAUACUGACGCCCGAUCUCAUUUUUGACCUGCGGAGCCUUUUGAAAAGUCAGCACAGAGAGUCCAAUGAUGGAAAUUGAAGGCGAUCCAUUACUUUUCCUGGCCUAAAAUCAAGGCGUCAGACUCACCAGGGAGGCAGAUUUCAUUUCAGAUGAAAGAGGCUUUGGUGUCACUUGGUAAAACUGAAAGACAUUUCAUGGUAUUACGACAUGUGAAAUAACACAUUAACUCCAUUCUUUAUGGAACAUUUCUUUAAAAGUUAUCUCAAAGAGGAGAUUUUGCAACAGGUAAAAGCCUCGUACAGGUAAAAAGCACAUACUCUGAGAUGACCAUACAAAAAAAGCUCCUCCUGUAAUGAUGAGUGAGUGUGAGGCUGAAAUGCAAAACCAAACAGUGCAGUUGUGGACUGCAAAACUAAACAAUCACUCGUAAUUCGUGCUGGGCAAACAUGAAAAGACAACUCAGUUCAGUUCCUGCCAAGUGACUCAGGCCAGAUUUUCUCACUGACGUGUGAAGAUGCUGGUUCAUAACUGAUCUCUGACAAUGACACUUUAAUGUAACAUCUCACUUCUGUCCACAAGUGUAAAUUACCUGUCGUCAUCUCAGUCCAAAUAUUUCAGCCUUGCUGGAGAUUUUAUCGGAGCGGACUGAACGGAGGAUUUGUCACCAACCACUGAGGAAAAUGCGAAUGAUUGAUGUGCGUCAGUAAAAACGAUCAUUUGUUUGUGUAAGAAGCAAAGAAUAUGAGCUGUAACUCCUGUAUAUGAGAUCAGGUGGGAGGUUGUUUGGGGAGAACGCAACAAUAAAUAAAAGACAAACCAAUAAGAAAAGUGAGUUCCGCACAACAA